UCAACUACAAAAUAAAAACACGUGCGUUGUGAAAACGUUUUAUUUCCUUGGUUUCGGCAACAACGCCGAGUGUUUUCUUCAAUAGUUGUUGAAAUUUUAUUAUAGCUAAUAAAAACUGAGUUAAAGUGUACAUUUUUGUUCCAUACAAAUUUUAAAAAUGGCAGAUGAAGUCAAUCCCAAAGCUUUCCCAUUGGCGGAUGCCCAAUUAACAGCAAAAAUUAUGAACCUUUUGCAACAGGCAUUGAACUACAAUCAAUUGCGUAAAGGUGCCAACGAAGCUACCAAGACCUUAAAUCGUGGUUUAGCCGAUAUUAUUGUGAUGGCAGCUGAUGCUGAACCCUUGGAAAUUCUUUUGCAUUUGCCACUGUUGUGCGAAGAUAAGAAUGUUCCAUAUGUGUUUGUACGUUCAAAACAAGCCUUGGGUCGUGCGUGUGGUGUCUCACGGCCCAUCAUUGCCUGUUCCGUUACCACAAAUGAGGGAUCUCAGUUAAAGUCUCAGAUCACUUCUAUUCAACAGGAAAUCGAAAGACUUUUAGUUUAAGUUUUCACCAACUAUUUUUUUUUAUAUUUAGUAUAUCCAUGUAAAAGAGCAUUUUGUAAGUUUACAAAUUUUAUUCUUUAAAAUAAUAGUGACAAAUCACCUAUUAAUAUACCCCCAAAACAAUAUUUUGUACAAAUAGUAUAAAGAAACUAAAAAAAACUAAAAAUAAAUAAAAAAAUCUAAAGUAUUAA